AUGGAGGAGUCAGCAUGUACAGAGAAGAGCCUGAACUCGAGAGAUGAGGAAAUGGCCAAGGAGAAGGGGUGACAUGAGGCUGCAAGGAAAACAGGCCCGAUGGCACGUCCCUUGUCAGCCACAGUCUCUAGAGGGUAAGAGGUGUCCACAACCAUGUGCCCUGACUCAUGUAGUGAUGUCUUGCCCAAGUUCAAGGAGUCAAGCAACCGUGAGCUGGACCCUCUGAAACCGAGACAUUUGAAGUCACAAACCUGAACAUGAAAUCAGGGAUGUCCCUGAAGAUUAAAGGCAAGAUCCACAGUAAUGUUGACCGCUUCCUCAUUAACCUGGGCCAGGGGAAAGAGAAGCUGAACCUGCAUUUUAACCCUCGCUUCAAUGAGUCCACCAUUGUCUGUAACACCAAGGAUGGUAGCGGCUGGGGACAAGAGUAUCGAGAAAAUCACAUGUGCUUCAGUCCAGGGUCAGAGGUCAAGCUCACCAUUGCCUUCCAAGACAAAGACUUCAAGGUGACAAUGCCCGACGGACACGUGCUGACCUUCCCCAACAGGCUGGGCCACAGCCACCUGCACUACCUCAGCAUGGACGGGCUCCAGAUCUCCUCCUUCAAGCUGGAGUGAGCGUCUCCUCAGGAGACGUUAGCCCAGAUGCAGCUUCAGCCAGCCCUACAGAGAGCCGUUAGGUUCUGUGCUUCCCCAAGGUCCAUCCCCCAGCUCCUGCCCUUCCCACUAACUCCUUGCCCAAGGUCACGGCCAAUAAAAGAAUCCACAUUUAUUAUUUCCACA